CUUGUAUAUUCGCCCCUAUUCGCCCCAACUCCAAACUUAGUGGACUAACUUCUCUCGCUAACUGAAGCUUCCGUUCCAGCCAAUCCAUGCCGAACGCUUGAUUGAAGGGGUUUAAAAGUAACAGCAGCUAGAACCAUUCGAUAUGGUGUGGACUUACUCCCAGAUUUCUUUUGACGCUGCCUGUGCUGUAGUGAGUGAGAAGAUAGAGACUGGCAGGCAUGGGUUUGCUAUAGGUGCUGCAAUCCCAAAAGCAUGGAGAGCUCGACUCCGCAAAAAUUCGGACCCUAUCGUGCUCGAACGCCGGAAGAAUAAAGGGGUUUCGUAAGUAUCCCUUAGGAAAAAAAGGCUCGAAGGCAAACUCUCGUCGUUGUUAUGCCUUCUCCAAGUGUAUGCAGUUUCCAUUAUCACCCCUAAAUCUAGGGGUGUUAGGCUAUGAGCCAUAAGGUUUGAUGACGGUCCGCGCCAGCCGAAUACACGAUGAUAUUGUUCC